GAGGAGGCGGAUAUGAGGGUGCAAGAGAAGGGAGUGCUUGACGAGACAGCAAAGGUCGACUGACUAACUGGCUGCCUGACUUGAACGAGCGAGCUUUUGUCAAACACACAUGAUCCAAUUUGGGAGGAAAGGACUGCAGGAUGGUAAUGGAUAAAAUGGGUCAUGCGGGUACGGAUUUCUAGGGGUUUAGGGGGGAUAUAAUGAGAUGAUAGGUUAGCUUUCGGGGGUGAAUAGUAUGGGAUGUUGGGUAUGUUAUGACAUGAUGGGAGGAAAACCACGAGGCGUUUCUAGAGGCGAUUCUGUUCGGGAUCGAGGGGAUAUCAAAACAUUGAUGGCUAAUAAUAACAUACUAAUAUUCCUCGUUACCAUGAUGUGGUUUUGGGGAAUGAAUGUCUAGACAGACUAGACAGGUAGGUCUUGACGUAUAUCUAUAAACGUCAUGAUCUCUCUUUUUACACACUACCUCUACCUCCGUAGUGUCUCAGCGGGUAUAAGGGCACGGCAAACACAGACACAGGCAGCAGAGAUAUAGACAGCGUGUACAUAUUUGUUUGUCUGUUUA